AUGAUUCGCGCAAGUGUGCUCCUCGUGGGCGUUGUCGCCCUCGCCCUGACUGUCCUCACCCCGAGCACUGCCGUUCUGGCCAGUCCCACCCCCGAGCGCGGUGAAGCGCAACUAAUGCCAGAAGAAGAGUUGACUGGUGCGAAACUCCCCACCUGGGGCUCGGACUGCCUGCGAGGACAGUGUCAGCAGGUCGUCUUCAAUCUCAAAGCUAGCGGAGUCAGCUCGUCUGAUGAAGCUUGCGAUGCCUUCGAGCUCACGUGCUCACGCCGUGACGGUAAGAUCCUGAAGGACAGCGAUUCUACGUGCUCCAAAUGGACCGACGACAACACCAUCAUCGCCAGUUGCACCACUCGUGGUGACAUUGGUGACGUCGUAUACGGCGUCACUGGAGACGUCGGCCGGGUUUCGAAUCUGCUACAGCAGGAUGGCAAGGUCACCAUUCCUGCCUUCAUUGUUCGAGACUACCGCAACGUCAAAGACGACUCAGACUUCCCCACCGUGAAGGAUCAGUGCGCCGGUAAUCCGCCCGACAGACAGUAUUGCGAUAUGCACCUAUUUGAGUGGAUCCGCGCGUUCAGUGAGAGCAAGGAAGCACCGGCUUCGCUUGACGACAUUUGCGAUUACUGGGCCUCAACGUGCGAGGGCAUCCCCGCUUUGCGAGACGUCGUCUUCCGCCCAAAGUGCCACGUCAUCGACGCCGCCAAGGGCAUCAUUUCGGCCAGCUGUGCUCGUAAGGAACCCACCGGGGUUUGGCUCUCGGACACUCGUUCCGCAGCUUUGAACUUGAAGGUACAGGCCGUUCAACCUCAGCUAGGCCGCCAAUGCGAUGAGUGGACUCAAGGCUACUGCACUGCCGAUUACCCCGAAGUUGCCGUCUUCUUCUCAGAAUGA